UUUCACUUUUCCUUUCUUUAACUUCCUUUUUUUUUUUUCUUCCUUCCAUAUUCCAUGACAGACCCUCAUAUUAUUCCCCUUGCCAAUCAUAUGCUCACGUCUAUUCAGAAGGACUUGAGGAUAUUGAAAGAUCAUCAAGUAUUAGAUGACAAUACUCUUCAAAACAUUUUGGCUUUAUUACCAACACAAGUUACAGCAGCACCAACACCAGCGCCAAGAAACCAUUUAUCACAACCAACAUUAACCACUUCUUCAACUACUUCAACACCUUCUAGUAAUAACAUUAGACCUCCUUUACCCACUCGCAAAUCUACCGCCAGUUCUCACAGUCCUAGUCUUGCUCCCAUACCCGCUCCUCGAACACCAUCUUUUCCUAAACUUCCUGCUCGUCGUACUCCUGAUUGGCAACAACCAGAUAUAUUGAAUACACGCGAUUCCACUCCUCAACCUCCUCCUAGUUACAAUGCAACAGUGAAAAAUAAACAAAUGGUAGAGGCUAUCUAUGAUUAUACUGGUGAAGACCCUACUACUGAUUUAUCCUUCCGUAAAGGUGAUAUGAUUGAAGUCACUGAACAUGUCAAUGAUGAUUGGUGGCGAGGUAGUCUUCAUGGAAAAACUGGUAUCUUCCCACAAAAUCAUGUUCAACCUUUGCCAGCUCAAAAACAAUCAUCACCAGCAACAAGUAUUGCAAAAACAACACCUCAAGUAUAUUCAUCUCCCCAGGUAAACAAUCAUAAUAAUUAUCAACAACAGCCAUACAGUUAUCCUCCUCCACCUACCAUGGUAUAUCAUACUCCACCUUAUCAAGUUUCUGGUGGAUCAUCCACUUAUGCUACUCCACCUCCACAAGUUGUUACAGCUGGUGGUUCAAAUGUAACAGAAGACAAAGGAAAUGGUGAAGGUAAUGGCAAGGUACAGAAUAUGGCCAAGAAAUUUGGAUCAAAAGUAGGUGAAGCAGCCGUAUUUGGAUUUGGUGCCACUUUGGGUAGUGAAGCAGCUCAUGCCAUUUUUUAGUAUUAUUACUUGAUUGUAGUGAUUAGAUAUAGUUUAGAUUUUUUUUUUUUUUUUUUUUUU